AAUUCUUGACUAAUCACGCACCUUUUGCCUCCUAUUAGAAUGGAAAACCGUAAAAGAAAACUGAAUAGAAACAAAGGCCGUUAUAGUGCAAACUAUAAGAGGAUACUAAUGGCGAUGAUGCGCGCUUUGCGUGCACAGAAUUCUCCUGUUUUCCAAACAAACCAAACUGUGAUCACGUUCGUUCAGGACUACGGCAUCAUCUGCAAUUAGCUAUAGCUGCACAAGGCAGUGCGUCACGAGCGGGCCUGCUAUUAGGUGAUAAGGGAAUUGAGUGAAUGCACGUUGUUGAUAUAAGUGAUGGACAGCUCGACUUAUUAGUACCACUGUAAACAGCUUAGCACUUUUACUGACAUUGAAAGUUUGCACAUUGUCCCGCCAAACAAUGGCUUUUCGAAAUUGGAAUUCGUAUCGUUUGAAACUUCCUGUCUAGUAGUUUCCGCAAAUGAUUAUGUAACAGCCAAAGAUGAGCACAAACAGUUCACAAAGUCCUAAAGCAAUGUCUAUUAGAAGGAUUCAAAUGAGGCGAAACGACACAGGCUCUCUGAGCAGAGAAUCAAGCUUCAGUUCUACUGAACUGUCUGUAAGUAGAAACAGCAGUUUUUCCAGCUUUUCAAGCCGAGCGACAAGCAGUAGUGAGGGAUGUUGCGAAACGGAAGAUUCAUCAGUGUCCAGAUCAAGUUCGACUGCCACGUCGUCUUCCAAGAAAGCCAAUGGAUUAUUGUUAUCUCUUGGAACAACACUCAAACACCCAGAAGGUCACCACAAAUCUUCAAAGAUCAGCAUUCUAAGGGAACAACUGAGGAAUUCGCAGAGGUCAAACGAUUACGAGGACAUGACUAAUACACAAAACAAAGGCGAGGUGAACAAAUCAUCCAACUUGUCGCUUCAAGACUUUGUUGUAACAGCAAAUCGCAUAAGCUCAGCAUUACAACACGAAACAUAUGUAGCGGCCAGACAGCGCUCCAAAUCCGACUGCAGCCACAGGGAAAUUGUCAAGACAGAAGAUACAAAGUUCUUUGUCGGACUUCAGGACACUUUGUGGCAACCAGAUCUCUCCUACUCGCUCGCAAACAACCAAAAUGCCCGCCCGCUAUCGAUGGAAAAUUCCUCACAAAGAAUUGCCGAGCUCGAGAAACAAGUCCAUUUACUGAUAAAGGAGAGACAUAAUAUUCGUAGAGAGCUUGAACAAACAAGAUGCGACCGUGGCCGGAUGAGACUCGAGCGUGACGCACUUAAGAAAGAGCGUGACAUUCUACGGCGUGACAAAGAAGAAUUGCAUCAAGAACUCUAUAACAGGAGCAACGUUAUACGGCAUCUUCAGGAGCACCUGACUAUGGCCUUGAUUCCAGUCCCCCCUACCAUUACUUUGGACGCUUUGAAGCUCACUACCAAUCACCCACUAACCGCUGGACAGAAACAACGCCUGCGAUCCAAAUCUGAAACACGCGUCCCAGAAUUUUAUUUACCUCGGGAUAAGAAUAAUUCGUAUACAUUUUUAUAGCACAGUCAGAAACUCGAAAUGUUGUACUAUAGGAUUAUAAAAUUUAUUCUGUACUUUAUGCAUUAGAUUGAGUUUUUUGCAUGUCCGUUCGGACACAAGAGAUAAUAAUAAAUGAAGAACAGGAGAGAUUGCUAAGCUAAAUUUUAAACAAUGAAAUUCCCUAAAAAAUAAAAAUAACGGAUCUUGCAGAUAACUCAGUAUUCAUCGUUCUUCUGUGAUGCGGGUAUAAAUCAUUAUUUUUUUUAGUCGCGGAUGGCGAGUCGCAAAGCAAAGUGCAUUUCAGCGAAAAUUGAGGGGAUUUCGUUUUCAGAAUUUAGCCUGACAAACUGCUUCCCCAGUCCUUGAAGAGACAGAGACGAGUCUAAAAAUCCA